CCCAUCGAUGGGACCCAAGACCUUGACACCUGAUUGACAGGGACUGUCAGUGGAAGAGACGUCUGCUGCGGGUGAAGGAUGGACGGGGCUGGCUCGGUGCUCCUGGGCAGGGAGGAAGAGCCCCGUGGCUGAUGGAGGAGCAGACCCCUGACCGGCAGCGCCCCUGAGCCCCGCAGCAGGGAGAUGGCGCGGCGGGUCAGGCUGCACAGCCCCUCACACCCAGACCUGCUGCUGCACCGGGCCGGUGAGCUGAGGCAUGCACAGGCCCUGUGUGAUGUUUUGGUGCGUGUGGGCCAGCGGGACUUCCCGGCCCACAGCUUGGUGCUGGCCUGCGCCAGCCGCACCCUGGCCCGGCUCCUCCUGCUGCAGGGCCCCAGCAAGCUCUGCAGUUUGGACUUCCUUGCACCUGCCACCUUCAAGCACGCCCUGGACUUCGCCUACACUGGCAGCCUUGAGGUGGCACCUGAGGAGCUCACCAGCCUCCUGGCCACUGCCCGGGACCUGGAGAUGGAGGAGCUGGAGCAGGCUUGCCUCAGGGCACUGGGGACUGGAGGCCCCGAUGGGACUGGCAUUGGCGACAUGGCUGGUGGCCAUGAUUCAAUUGGCGUUGGCGACAGGACUGGUGGCCGUGAUGGAGUUGCCAUUGGUGACAGCAUUGGUGGCCAUGAUGGAAUUGGCGUUGGCGACAGGACUGGUGGCCAUGAUGAGGUUGCCACUGGCGACAGGACUGGUGGCUAUGAUGGAGUUGCCAUUGGUGACAGGUCUGGUGACCCUGACGAAGUGGGCGUUUGCGACAGGACUGGUGGCCAUGAUGGAGUUAGCAUUGGCGAUUGGGCUGGUAGCCAUGACAGGGUUGCCAUUGGCAACGGGGAUGGUGGCCAUGAUAGAGUUGUCAAUGGCGACAGGGCUGGCAGCCAUGACGGGAUUGGCGCCCAAGACACAAGGAAGGAGACAGUGGCUGGGAUGUCCCAGAUGAAGUCUGUGGUCGCCAGCCCUGUUGGCAAGACUGUAGCACCAGGCAACCACAACCUAGUUUUAUUGGCCGAUGGGCCCUGCCUGGCCCUGGCUAGGCCAGACAGUAAGGGGAGCCAAAUCCAAGAUGGCAGCUUGGCACCCAGUUGGGUCUUGUUUGAACAGUCCUCCCUCAAGCCGCGGGAAAGUGUCAUCACGGCCCGGCCACAGCCUCAGGAGCGCCGCGCCCAUCCCUGGCCGCCAGAGGCGCUCUGGGGGCCAGAGGGGGUGGUUGCUGGCUACCAGCCCUGCCCGCCAUUGCUCAGCUACCAGCUGCGGUCACUGCCUUCGCCCUUGGGUGACCUGGGGCCCGGGCACAUGGCCCUCUCGGCGUCCGUGGGUUUCCAUGGCUACAUCCGACCCUUCCCCUGCGGGCUGGAGACGGGGAAGCCGGGCGCCCCCAUUGGGAUCACGGGCAGAGAGAAGCAACUGGAAGACCAGAGGCUGCUGGUGGCUCCGGUCAAGAGUUCGGCGUACGACCUCUGCCCGCAGCAGGGCCCGGACGCCCUGCGCCUCCCACUGCUCUGCCACCCACGGCCCCACCCGCUCCCCCUCCCAUCCUGCCGGGCCCGGCGGAGCUGUGACAAGGACCUGCCGCCCCUGAGCACGGCACCCCCUGAAGGCCAGCGGCUGUUGGAGCGGGAGUUCUGUGCCCGCGGGUUCCAGGCUGAGGCCAGGCUGCGGGAGUCCCGGCGGGCGCCCCCAGGCGAGAAGCCCUAUGAGUGUGGCGAGUGCAGCAAGCGCUUCACCCUCAAGCAUCAGAUGGAGACGCACUAUCGGGUGCACACUGGCGAGAAGCCGUUCCAGUGCAAGCUCUGCCCCCAGCGCUCCCGUGACUACUCUGCAAUGAUCAAGCACCUGCGGACCCACGGUGGCGCGGCCCCCUAUCGCUGCACCCUGUGCUGCCAGUUCUGCCCCAGCCUAGCUGCUAUGCAGAAGCACAUGAAGGGCCAUUGCCCCGAGGAGCUGCCCUCGGACUGGACGAUCGAGACCACCUACCUCUACUCCUCCUCCACCUCCUCCUCCUGAGUCGCCCGCGCUGGUGCAGGCACUGGGGGACUCAUGCGUGGCCUGAGGAGGGCGCGGGAACCAGCAUCGGUGUGGCAGAUGGAUCUGUGAAGGUGCAUGGCAUGGAGAGGGCGCGGGGACCAGCGUCGGCAUGGCAGACGGAUCUGUGAUGGUGCAUGGCACGGGGAGGGUGUGGGCACCAGUGUCGGCACGGCAGAUGGAUCUGUGAUGGUGCGUGGCACGGGGAGGGUGCGGGGACCAGCGUCGGCACGGCAGAUGGAUCUGUGAUGGUGCGUGGCACGGGGAGGGCGUGGGCACCAGUGUCGGCACAGCAGAUGGAUCUGUGAUGGUGCGUGGCACGGGGAGGGUGUGGGCACCAGUGUCGGCACGGCAGAUGGAUCUGUGAUGGUGCGUGGCACGGGGAGGGCGCGGGGACCAGCGUCGGCACGGCAGAUGGAUCUGUGAUGGUGCGUGGCACGGGGAGGGCGUGGGCACCAGUGUCGGCACGGCAGAUGGAUCUGUGAUGGUGCGUGGCACGGGGAGGGCGCGGGGACCAGCGUCGGCAUGGCAGAUGGAUCUGAGUUGGUGUGUGGCACGGGGAGGGCGCGGGGACCAGCGUCGGCAUGGCAGACAGAUCUACGAUGGUGCGUGGCACGGGGAGGGUGCGGGGACCAACAUCGGCAUGGCAGACGGAUCUGCGAUGGUGCAUGGCACAGGGAGAGCGUGGGGACCAGCGUCAGUGUGGCAGACAGAUCUGCGAUGGUGUGUGGCACGGGGAGGGCGUGGGGUCCAGCAUCGGUGUGGCAGCGCCUGGCAUGGGGAGUGGGCACCACUGGCCAUGGCUGGACCCGCAGAACACAGAUCCAUGGCUUGCUCCCCUGCCUGUGACACACGGUGCCCUGGGAGCGCCACCCACUAGCUGGGAGUCAUGCGUGUGGCAUGGGCACCAUGGCCAGCCUGCUCCAGAGGGCAUGAACCUGCCGCAAGCCAGAGAGCUGAGACUGGAGGGGAGGGAUUCUGCCAGUCCCGGGCUGCAAUGUCGCAGAGUCACAAGUGGCUGUGGAAAGUCCCACCUUGAUUACCGUGGGUCACUCAUUACCUGGCAGCGGGGUGGGACUCAUUAGCCUGCGGGAAUCCAGGCGAUGCUAAAUGGUCCGGAGCCGAAAGUAGAGAACUGGGAAGUUAUCUGUGGUGGGGGUUGGGGGUAAGAACUGGCCCCAGGGCCAGGGACUGGAGAACUGGGGGACGGGGACAAAUAGCUGGAGUUCAUACGGCACUGCUCCUUCUAUCCUGCCCCACACGCCCAUUGCUCCCACACCCCCUCUGCCUGCUUUGACUCCCCUGUCCCUGUGGGUGCUGCACAGACCCCUCAGCAAGACUGAGGUCCCCAUCGCACUGGGUGCAGCACAGACACCCCGCCGCCUAUGAGACCGGGGUUCCCAUUGCACUGGGCGCUGCACAGACCACCCCCAUCACACCGGGAGCUGCACAAACACUGAGUCAGAGACACUCCCUGCCCCAAAGACUUUCCCUAUCUGGACAGGCAGAGUCUCCUAUUACACAGCUGGGGAAAUCGAAGACCAACAAGCCACAGCAACCAGAGUGCCUCACCUGCCAGCCCUUCACGUUCCGCCCUCAGUCUGGCUUUGCCAGCUGUGUUGCAGUGCCGAUGGCCAUUGUAUGUUGUGUCCCGUCCCUUGCCCCUUUGUGGCAAGGCCCCACAAGCUGUAUGUGUGGUGGGGUGGGGGCGGGGAUCUCAUUUUCUAUUAAAUGUCUCAGGGAUACUGAA